AUGCCUUUUAUCUCUCCCGCCAUCUACCGAUCUACUGUUCAAGCCGCCCGUACUCGCCUUCCCACUGCAACCGCCCGAUCAACAGCUGGCAUCACCCUCCCAUUUGCUCUCUUCAGCUCGUCAGCUCCAACGAACGACAUGUCCUCCCAGCCUAAAGUCCAAAAGUCUGAAGACGAGUGGCACGCUGUUCUGUCACCCGAGCAAUUCCGUGUAUUGAGAGAGAAGGGUACUGAAAGACCCGGAUCGUCUCCCUACGAUCACUCAUUUGACAAUGGUGUCUACCACUGUGCUGGAUGUGACGCCCCUCUCUAUACUUCCAAGACAAAAUUCCAAUCGGGCUGUGGCUGGCCUGCCUUCUACGAUACCGUCCCAGGGGCUGUCAAUCGCCAUGAAGAUCGUACCCUCGGAAUGACCCGUACAGAGAUCACCUGUAACAACUGCGGUGGACAUCUUGGUCACGUCUUCAAGGGCGAGCGCUUCGGCAACCCUAUUGACGAACGUCACUGUGUCAACGGAAUCUCUCUUAAUUUCAAGAAGGAGUAG